GAGCUGAGACUCAGUGUCAUCUUCUGUGUUUCAGUUCCUGCUGUAGUCAUCCUGCUGUUAGCAUGUAAAAGAGAGAUUUGGAGAUUGUUACGGAAAAGGCCCAGGUUCGGGUGGUAGUGUGCCUGCCGACAUCUUGCUGGUGAACGGCCUAUGCGCCUGGCUGACUUUCGGAUUUUUACUUCUGGAUUUUACAUUUUUUCUUUUUAUAAAAACUUGGACGGAUAAAAGAUGUGCCAUGGCAGGAUAGCACCAAAGAGCACCUCAGCGUUUGCCGUGGCCUCCGUGGGACAUGGAGUAUUCCUCCCGUUGGUGAUCCUCAGCACCCUGCUUGGAGACGGAUUUGCCUCCGUGUGCUCCUUACCCCCAGAGCCUGAGAAUGGUGGCUACAUCUGCCACCCCCGGCCCUGCAGAGACCCCCUGACAGCGGGCAGUGUCAUCGAGUACCUGUGUGCUGAAGGCUACAUGUUGAAGGGCGAUUACAAAUACCUGACGUGCAAGGAUGGCGAAUGGAAACCGGCCAUGGAGAUCAGCUGCCAUCUUAACGAGGAGAAAGACACCCACACGGCACUCGGGGUCCCCACACUGUCCAUAGUGGCUUCCACCGCCAGCUCCGUGGCCCUCAUUCUCCUCCUCGUGGUGCUGUUCGUGCUGCUGCAGCCAAAGUUGAAGUCUUUCCAUCACAGCAGGCGUGACCAGGGGGUGUCUGGGGACCAGGUCUCCAUCAUGGUGGAUGGAGUCCAGGUUGCACUACCAUCAUACGAGGAGGCAGUGUACGGCAGUUCUGGUCACUGUGUGCCACCCGCAGACCCCAGGGUGCAGAUCGUGCUGUCGGAAGGGUCUGGGCCCAGCGGGAGGAGCACACCGAGGGAUCAGCAGCUGCAGGACCAGGCAGACUGCUCCUCUGCAGGUGGUGAGGAUGAGGCUCCGGGCCAGUCUGGACUGUGUGAAGCCUGGGGUGUCAGGGGCUCGGAGACUGUGAUGGUGCAUCAGGCAACCACCUCCUCCUGGGUGGCCGGCUCAGGGAACAGCAGACUGGCGCACAAAGAAGCCACAGAUUCAGAGAACAGUGACAUACAAAGCCUUCUAUCCCUCACGUCGGAGGAGUACACAGAUGAUAUUCCACUGUUGAAAGAAGCAUGAGGGCUACUGCUGGCCUCUCCUCUCUGCAAGGGUCCUGCACCCUUCCUCCUCUUCCCUGCGGGUUUGAGCACCCUGGACUCUCCAGCCACCCUACCCAGAUACCUGAGCUGCACCUGUGUAUCUGUGUGUCUCUGAGGGCUUACAGGCCCACGUCGCUGGAAACUCAAGGAAGAUUCUCGCCAUCUGCCUGCUGGACAGCUGGAGGAGCUGGCUCUUUGCCUGGCCCAGCCUUCCCAUCUGCUGGAGACAUAUUGUAAUGUGCUGGAUCGAACCCUCCCUUCCCCGAGCCUCCAGGACCUUUCCAGCCAGCUCGGUGGUGGCAGCCCUCACUUGCCCCCGUGGGCCUGACACCGCUGUGUUUACUCGUGCCUUCCCCCGACCCCGUCCAUUUCCCUGUCACGCAGGCUUGCUGUCCACAGCCUUUGUGACUGCACUCCUUGCCCUCUACCACGUGGGGGCCAAGCCUGCAUGUUCUGAGGGUCGACACCGCUGCCCUCCUCGAGAGCGGAUCCAAGAGGGAGUGGCUCUAACUGGGGUGAGAACCUGGGUCCCUGGGUUCACCCUGCAUUGAUACCAGUGGCAUAUCCUUGGCCGAGGGUGGAGGGUUUGGAAAAUCAUGCCAAAGCCAUCCCAGCACUCGACUGUGCAGCUCAGAGGAGCAGGCUCUUGGCCCUGCCGAGUGGAGAGUUUCUGAGGAGCAUCCCGAAGAUCCCUAGAGAGGGAAAGAAGGUGGCUGAGAAAUGUCUUCCACAUAUGCAAGUCCUUACACCCUGCAUCCAGCAUUGGCCUUCCUGGCUUGUUUUCCUCUGCUCCCAGAGUGUAAAGGGUGGUAGCUUGCUGCCCCCUGGGUCACUCCGAGUGCCUCUGGCUCCCUUGCUCAGGAGCCUGAGAUGAAUCACACCUGGAGCAUGACAUCGCCGAGACACCCUAGAAUGCCCUCUGCUCACGAGAGUCCCAGCAAGUGUCCCUUUCUGGGUUUGUGGUGAUAGAGGGGAGGCCGAGAUGCACAGGUGGAGUCCCUGGGUGGCUGCAGGCAGCUCCAGCCCAGCCCACAGCCUCAGCACCACAGUCACGUGCCUUAGUAACUGUGCCAGGAAGUGGCCUGCUGCCUGCCCACUGCUGCUUUUCCUUCCUCUGCCCUUCCCUGCCACCCCUCCGCAUGUCACAGCUGAUGGCAACUCAUCUUCCUGGCACCUGGGGGAAGGGGCUGAGAACCCUCUGCACACCCCAUCCUUACCAGCUCAAGGUGGGUGCAUGGGUGCGGAGCCAGAUCCAGAGGCCCUUCGAGGCUGAAGCCUAGGGUGCAGAGCGCCUGGAAGAAGAGUCCAGCGAUGAGGGACACCAGGCACUUCUGCUGGGGCCCUGUCCUCAGCCAUGUGCUGGACACUCCCAGGCUGGGCAGGAGAGCCUGCCCGGCUGCUGUCAUUCUUCAAAAGAUGGAUGUGGCAUUAAGGAAUGUUUGCUUUUGCUUUUUUCCCUGACACACGGGGCCUAGGAUCUCUGAAGCUGACCCUGUGCUGCGCCUCUGCCCCUCCCCCAGCCUCUGUGUUUGGGGUGGUAAAAAUAAUUAAGCCCAGUAUGUUUUCAGUACCUGACCUAACAGGGUUUGCUCCAGGCGUGGGUGGCCUCAAAGAUUAGAGGAGUUGCCUUCUCUUGCCCACUGCCUCCUGCCUCCACUGUCACACAACGCACUUUACUCCCGGUCGUUCCUGGCCUCUUGCUGCCACAUGCAGUCCCCCUUCCUUCCUCUCAGGGUAUGGGCAGUGCCUGCUGUGCCUGCCACCCCCCCCCCAGCCCCCAGGAGCCCUAUCUGCUGUGCCCAAAGCCCAGGCAAGUGGGGUUGGAUAGGGAAUAGGUUGGAGAAGGUGCUAGAACUAGAAGGCAGCGCCUGAGGGAGAUGGGACUGGCGUGGGCACACCUGGAGGGGCUCCCUAAGGACCCCGGCCACCUUGCUACACACGCUUUCCUUCACCCACAGUGGUGCCGUUGUCUUCCUCCAAUAAGAAAGCAGGGACCAAUGGGGGGGGGGGGAAGAUCUGAGAUGUCACGCUGCACCUUCAGCCUUUAUUUUUCACUAUCCCUGAACCUGAAUUCUAGCCUAGAGUAUUUUUCUAAAUGGGAGAUCUUGCUCUUUUCUAUUGUUACUCUGGGUUUUGUUCCCGUAAGAGAUUGCACUUUUCUUUUGGGUUUAUUCAGCCACACAGGUCACCUGCUUGACCCUCCACCUGCUUGACCCUCGGUUAGUGAAAAGCCUUCCUUCGGAAGCUUCUCCAUCUCGCCCUCCAUUAGCACUGCCCAGGUGCACCUACCUGGUAAGAAAGUAGUCUCCCUCCCGCCCCUCCCUCUUGUUCCCUGCUUUGAUGAGGCCCACAUCCUGGAACCUCCUGGGCCUUGGGAGCAGGGGCUGAGUCUUGGAAUGCUGCUGACAUCUUCCCACAGUUGUUUCUCCCUCCUCCAAAGCAGUUUCAUCACCAUCAGCCAAGUAAGUGUUGCUGUUCUGGGGCUUCUGGGCUUUGUCCCCUGCCGAGAGAUUAGGGACUACAGAGCCAUAGUGAGGUGGAGCCUGACCCGGGAGAUGAGAGCUGGUGUCUGGUGGCAGCUGUUAGAAAAGAGGCUGCCUAAGGAGCCUUAACAGGCGGGGGAAACUGCCGCAGCCCUGCUUCCCUGGGCUCUGCUCUAGGGGAGACCAGCAGAAGAUGUGUCCAGGAGACGGACAGCACCAAAGGACGUGUGGUUUUUUGUUUUUUUGCACAGUUGAUCUGACUCGCAGUUUUAUAUCCUGGUGACUUGCAUCACAUUCUAGCGACUUUCAAGGGCCAGAGAGAGUAUGGUGAACUCACUUAAACCUUGCGUCCCUUCCAUGCCUUAGUUUAGCAGGGCUUUCUCUUUGCUCUCUGUAUUUGAUGUGCUGUGUCCCAUUUUGCUGGCAGUUAACUGUGAAA